AUGUCAUUCGGUGCUGUGAUUCUGUCGCUGGUGCUAUUGCUGCUGCCCGAGGCAAGCGAUGCAGCAGCUCAUCCAUCAACCGAUCUGGGCAGUGCCCGGCUCAAUCAACCUGUGACCAAUUCGCAACCGAUCCGUACGCUCGGCACGCUGGGCAUACUGUUCGGUGCGAUCGAAGCGGAGGCCGCAAUCGAGCGUCGGCUCGAACGGUUGCUGCACGAUCUGGAUGACUCGCCGGCCAACAAACAGCAGCAUCAACGGGUACGGCGUGCCGUCACCGGAACGUUGCAGCGAGCGCAAGUCGCAAUGGAGAUUCUUGGGACGGGGCUCGAGUUGGCUGCUGCCCGCCAGCCGGACGCAUCACCCGGGGACAUCAGACGGGUGCUGCUCGCCCGCACACAGGAAAUGCUCUCCGGUAAACGCUCCACGGCACGGAUCGGGAUGAAACCAUCGAGCAAUGAGUCAUCCGAAGCGGUGGCUGACGUGAAGCGACAGGUCGACCAACAGCUCGGUGAAAUGCGCCGACAACUCGCAUCCCACCUGAAGCGCGCCGUACGUACGCUAGAUGAUGCCAACGGUUUGCAGGCGACGAACCUGGCCACAUCGCUCGGCAGUGAGCUGAUACAGCGGUUGUUGCUGCAGACGCUCCCGAAACCCGUACGCUUCCAGGAGCUUAUCGAAGGUGGGCUAAAGCUGCACCUGGAGCGAAUUUUCCGCAGCCGGCGACAGGAUGAAAUGGAGCCGGCAACGAACGAAAUCGCCGUCUCGGUGGACACAUCGCCCGGUGAUUCCGAGUCGAAGGAGUCAGAAUCGUCGGAAGAGGACGAAGGUCCUGGCGGUUUGGUGGGGCUGAUUGCGAGCCUGAGCGGUGGCGAUGAAGGAUCGGAUGUCGGGGCCCUGAUCGGUUCCCUGUCGGCGGUGGUAACCAACCUUUUCGGGCCGGGAGGUUUGGACGUGCCGGGGUUGCUCGGAACGGGCACCUCCCUGAUUGCCGGACUGCUCGGUGGUGAUGACAAUUUCGGCAAAGUGCUCGGCAGUUACGUCGGUAUCGCGAUCGAGGGCCUGUCCGGUGGUGGUGCGGACAUGAACGGUGCGUUCUUUGGCAACUUCCUCGGUGCACUUAUCGCUGCACUCAGCUCGGAUCCAGAGGAUGAGAAUCUUCCCCUCAAGCCGAAGCUGUUCGUGCAGAACUUCUUUACCGGGCUAGAGGAAGCGAAACGGAAGGCAGAUCCGAACGGUGAUGCGGAGCAGUGUUGCCAGAACAAGGGCGGUUCGGAUCUGUUUGCGUUCAUCGGCAAUAUCGUGUCGUCGGUUGUCGGUGGUAUCACCAGCCUGGUGCUGAACGCAUCCCUCGGCUCAUCCGGCGGUUCCUCCCAGGGGUCGGCGGAUGCGUCCGGUGCAUCGUCCGCCGGCAGCAGUGGAUCAUCAGGCGACCAUCCGGCUAUGUAA